GGACGCGAGGAGCGGGCGCGGAGCCGCAGCGCCGCCCGCGGGGCCGGGGGGGCGUCCACGGGGCGCGGGAGCCGCUCUACCCCUGCAGCGGGAUCCGCCCGGCUGCCGGGCUCCGGCCUGUCCAUGGAGGGAAGCCCAGCCCAGCGGCGCUCGGCGCUCCCGCGCGAGAAGGGCCGGCGCCAGGCCGUGCGGGGUCCCGCCUUUAUGUUUCACGAGCGCGGCACGAGCCUCACGGCCGAGGAGGAGCGUUUUCUGGACGCGGCCGAGUACGGCAACAUCCCGGUGGUGCGCAAGAUGCUGGAGGACUCGCACUCGCUCAACGUCAACUGCGUGGACUACAUGGGCCAGAACGCGCUGCAGCUGGCCGUGGGCAACGAGCACCUGGAGGUCACCGAGCUGCUGCUCAAGAAGGAGAACCUGGCGCGCAUCGGCGACGCGCUGCUGCUGGCCAUCAGCAAGGGCUACGUGCGCAUCGUGGAGGCCAUCCUCAACCACCCCGGCUUCGCCGCCAGCGGCCGCCUGACCCUGAGCCCCUGCGAGCAGGAGCUGCAGGACGACGACUUCUACGCCUACGACGAGGACGGCACGCGCUUCUCGCCCGACAUCACGCCCAUCAUCCUGGCGGCGCACUGCCACAAGUACGAGGUGGUGCACAUGCUGCUGCUGCGCGGCGCGCGCAUCGAGCGCCCGCACGACUACUUCUGCAAGUGCGCCGAGUGCGCCGACCGCCAGCGCCUGGACGCCUUCAGCCACUCGCGCUCCCGGAUCAACGCCUACAAGGGGCUGGCCAGCCCGGCCUACCUGUCCCUGUCCAGCGAGGACCCCGUGCUCACCGCCCUGGAGCUCAGCAACGAGCUGGCCAAGCUGGCCAACAUCGAGAAGGAGUUCAAGAAUGAUUAUCGGAAGCUCUCCAUGCAGUGCAAAGACUUUGUAGUGGGUGUGCUGGACCUGUGCCGAGAUUCAGAAGAGGUGGAAGCUAUUCUGAACGGAGACCUGGAAUCCACCGAACCUCUGGAACUGCACAGGCAUAAAGUCUCUCUCAGUCGUGUCAAGUUGGCCAUUAAGUAUGAAGUCAAGAAGUUUGUGGCCCACCCCAACUGCCAGCAGCAGCUCCUGACCAUCUGGUAUGAGAAUCUCUCAGGCCUGCGGGAACAGACGGUGGCCAUCAAGUGUCUGGUGGUGCUAGUUGUGGCACUGGGUCUCCCAUUCCUGGCUAUCGGCUACUGGAUCGCUCCAUGCAGCAGGCUGGGGAAGAUUCUGCGUAGCCCGUUCAUGAAGUUUGUGGCUCAUGCUGCAUCCUUCAUCAUCUUCUUGGGCCUGCUGGUGUUCAAUGCCUCUGAUCGAUUUGAGGGCAUCACAACAUUGCCCAAUAUGACCGUCGUGGAUUACCCCAAACAGAUCUUCAGGGUGAAAACCACCCAGUUCACCUGGACGGAAAUGCUCAUCAUGGUCUGGGUUCUGGGGAUGAUGUGGUCUGAGUGCAAGGAGCUCUGGCUGGAGGGGCCACGGGAAUACAUCCUGCAGCUGUGGAAUGUGCUGGACUUCGGGAUGCUCUCCAUCUUCAUCGCUGCCUUCACGGCCAGGUUCCUAGCCUUCCUUCAGGCCACCAAGGCACAGCAGUAUGUGGACAGUUUUGUCCAGGAGAGCGACCUCAGUGAAGUCACGCUCCCACCAGAGAUCCAGUAUUUCACGUACGCCAGAGACAAAUGGCUCCCCUCAGACCCUCAGAUCAUAUCUGAAGGUCUCUAUGCCAUUGCAGUUGUGCUCAGCUUCUCUCGGAUCGCCUACAUCCUCCCUGCCAAUGAGAGCUUUGGACCCUUACAGAUCUCUCUCGGGAGAACCGUGAAGGACAUAUUCAAGUUCAUGGUCCUCUUCAUCAUGGUGUUUCUUGCCUUUAUGAUCGGCAUGUUCAUCCUUUAUUCUUACUACCUUGGGGCUAAAGUUAAUGCUGCUUUUACCACUGUAGAAGAAAGUUUCAAGACGCUGUUUUGGUCAAUAUUUGGGUUGUCUGAAGUCACGUCCGUCGUGCUCAAAUAUGACCACAAAUUUAUUGAGAAUAUCGGCUACGUCCUCUAUGGCAUUUACAAUGUCACCAUGGUGGUGGUGCUACUCAACAUGCUGAUCGCCAUGAUCAACAGCUCCUACCAGGAGAUUGAGGAUGACAGUGAUGUGGAAUGGAAGUUUGCACGCUCCAAACUUUGGCUGUCUUAUUUUGAUGAUGGAAAGACAUUGCCUCCACCAUUCAGCCUAGUUCCUAGUCCAAAGUCAUUUGUGUAUUUUUUCAUGAGGAUCAUUAACUUCCCCAAAUGCAGAAGGAGAAGAUUUCAGAAGGAUACAGAAAUAGGAAUGGGCAACUCAAAGUCCAGGUUAAACCUCGUCACUCAGUCUAAUUCGAGAGUUUUUGAAUCGCACAGUUUUAACAGCAUCCUCAAUCAGCCAACACGUUAUCAGCAAAUAAUGAAAAGACUUAUAAAGCGAUAUGUUUUGAAAGCACAAGUGGACAAAGAAAAUGAUGAAGUUAAUGAAGGUGAAUUAAAAGAAAUCAAGCAAGAUAUCUCCAGCCUUCGAUAUGAACUUUUGGAGGACAAGAACCAAGCAACUGAGGAAUUAGCAGUUCUAAUUCAUAAACUCAGUGAGAAGUUGAGUCCCAGCGUGCUGAGAGGUGGUUAUUGGAGAUCAUGAUGGGGUUAUUAUGUGCUUUGGCAUGAAGAAAGGAGAAGCAGUAGCAGUGUUCAAGACUUUACCAGGGCAGAAGAUAGCAAGACUGG